UGUCCUCGUCUCUCGUCGUCGGUACGUCACACGCAGUCUUGCGCUCAAAAGUCUCGAACAUCACAUCAGAUUCGAGGAAAGGAGUUGUGUUUUUCCCGUGUUUUUCUGCCAUGACAAAAAUUGGAGGAUCCAUUAUUAGUUAAUUUGUAAGGUUGUAUAAUGGCGAGAGGAGGUGAUCUUGCUCAUAUUGGUCGCCUGAAGGAAGAAGAAGAGAAAGCCUUGUUUGAGACUAAGGUCAAAUUAAAGCAGUGGCAAAAGUUUGAUGAAGACUAUUCAGCUCUCAAGGCCAGACUGACAACUUUACCUGAAAAAGUUUCACAUGAAGUUAUGGUUCCCUUUGGCAAGUUAGCCUUCAUGCCUGGUCAGUUGAUCCAUACCAAUGAGAUACUUGUUCUUCUUGGUGAUAACUGGUUUGCAGAGCGUUCAGCCACACAAGCCUGUCAGAUCAUCGAUAGGAGGAAAUCAUAUGUACAGAAAAUGAUGAAUGAUCUGAAGAAGCAAGAGUAUCUAUUAGAGUCCAGACUUGGCUUUGUUUCUGACAUGAAACAAACAGUAGAAGGGAAAGGUGAUGUGGUAGAGAUUAGAGAAGAAUAUGAUGAACAAAAAGAAAAAAAAUGGAAAGAGGAAAGGAGGGCCAAGAAGAAAACAUCUUCCAUCUCAAAGAAUUCUGCUUCCAAGCUGUCUUCUGAGACAGAUGUAAAUGAAAACCAUGGCGAUCAGGAAGGGAAGAAGGAACCCUCUGCAGAAGAUCUUUUAUGGGCCAGAUUAGAUGAGCUGGAAAGACAAGAAGAGGAGCUUGAUGAGAUGGUAAUGACUGAUGAGGAAAAAGAUGAUGAAGAAGAAGAUGAAGAAGAAGAAGAUGAAGACAGUCUUUAUCAAUCCCAACAAGCAACCACUCAUCAUGAUACUCACAAACAUGUCCACUGGAAAGACCAAGAACCAAGCAUGACCCUAGAUCUUGGUCAAGAGAAUGAUGAUGGAGAUGAUGACGAGGUGGAGGAGGAGGAGGAUCAGAAAUCAAUGCCUGUUAUACGUUUUUCACACACAAAGAUUCCUAAGGAGGACCAUCUUUCAGAAGAAGAAGAGAAAGAUGAAUCCCCAAGAUCACCAGCUGAUAUUUAUGAGCUGUACCAUGCAAGGAGCAAGGAUGAAGAUAAGAGAAAGACCAAAUCUACAUUAAAGCAUUCAGAUAUCCAUCAAGCAGUUUCUAUUCCAGCCAUGAAGCAAGAAGAUCAAAAGAGACAACCUUUGCAAGCUCCAGUUUCUGCCUUCACAGGGAGUAUUGUUGAGCACAGCAACCCUUCCCAACCAGUCAUGUUACAACCAACUACUCAAGGUCAAGGUUCAAAGAGAGUCUCAAAGUUCAAAGCAGCUAGACAGGGCAGGAGGUGACCCAGGGUUCAGCAAAUACAAUCCUCACUUUGGAUGAUAUAACAGUGAGAUGUGCAACCACUCUCUGCAACCAAGAGUGAAUGAAGGAUAGAUCAGACUGUGAAGAGUCAAUGUGAUGUCUAUAUUGAAAGCAGCUGAGUAUUGUGAUAUUUUCCUUUCAUAUUGACGAGGAAAAUUACCUUUGCACAGGGAUAGAAAUAGUUUGUAAGUCCAAUUUCAAAGAAAAAAAAUGAAGUACAGUCGUAUCGCUGAAUAGAUGUUUCUAGAAAGACGUUGCCCUAACUUAUUAAGUGAAUUAGUUCUGGCUUGUAGUAACGAGCCAGGGCCUCUUGACACCCGAACUUUGUUGUAUAUUCAUGAAACACUAAUGAAUAAACAUGUUCUCAUGAAUAGUUAAUGAUCAAUCACCCAGCAAAGUGACCAAUGAGAUGUCAUAUAUUAAUGAAUGGUAUAGAACAUCUAAUAGAAAGCUCAAGCCAGGUAUAAUUUUUUAAACAAUGCAUUAAUCACACAAUGAUAUGUUUUGGCUUAACGAUCGGAAAUAUGUGACUUGGCUUACUGUUAGCACUCUGUUAGUGUUAGGCCAAGGAGAUUUAAGAAAUAAAGAACCAUCCAACACUUUCCCUUUAUAGCCACUUUGAUGCCACAAUGAUAAAAUAUGUGUUUCAUUGCAUAUCUCUUGUAGCUUGUAGACAAAGAUUCCUGCCUAACUACAGACUUACAGGCGAAUUACAAAACAUGCUUUUGUAAUGAUAAUUACUUUACGCUGCGUCUGGUUGGAUAAUAUGAGCAGACACAUUGCUCACUGUGUGACAGGGGACAGCAAAAAUUAAUGUUGCAAUAUUUCUUAAAAUAUGAUUUGAAAUUAUACUCGACUGGCUGCAUUUGGCCUGCGGUUCUGACACAUA